CAAGUUUCUAUAACAACUCACUUACUCACUCAUCACUAAGUUUUAGAGAAGGCAAAGGAAACAUGGUGAGUGUAAGUGAGAUCCGUAAGGCUCAAAGGGCUGAAGGACCUGCCACUAUUAUGGCCAUUGGCACUGCUACCCCUGCAAAUUGUGUUGAUCAGAGUACUUACCCUGAUUACUACUUUAGAGUCACAAAAAGUGAACAUAUGACUGAACUCAAAGAAAAAUUUCAACGCAUGUGUGACAAGUCAAUGAUCAAGAAAAGGUACAUGUAUUUGACUGAGGAGAUACUAAAAGAGAAUCCAAAUAUGUGUGCAUACAUGGCACCAUCAAUUGAGCAACCAAAAUCGAAGAUCACACACUUGAUAUUUUGUACCACCAGUGGUGUUGACAUGCCCGGUGCCGAUUACCAACUCACCAAACUGUUGGGCCUUCGCCCUUAUGUCAAGCGUUACAUGAUGUACCAACAAGGCUGCUUUGCAGGUGGUACGGUGCUUCGUUUGGCAAAAGAUUUGGCUGAGAACAACAAAGGUGCACGUGUGUUAGUUGUUUGUUCUGAAAUAACCGCCGUAACAUUCCGGGGUCCAAGUGACACACACCUAGACAGCCUUGUUGGUCAAGCACUCUUCGGAGACGGCGCAGCCGCCCUCAUCGUUGGUUCGGAUCCACUCCCGGAAUUUGAGAAGCCUAUAUUUGAACUCAUUUGGACAGCUCAAACCAUUGCCCCUGACAGCGAAGGCGCCAUCGACGGCCACCUUCGCGAAGUGGGUCUAACUUUCCAUCUUCUUAAGGAUGUGCCUGGAAUUGUGUCAAAGAACAUUGACAAGGCAUUGGCUGAGGCCUUCAACCCUUUGGAAAUCCAUGAUUAUAACUCGAUAUUUUGGAUUGCGCAUCCGGGUGGACCGGCAAUUUUGGACCAGGUUGAAGCUAAGGUGCAAUUGAAACCUGAGAAGAUGAGAGCCACUAGACAUGUUCUUAGUGAAUAUGGUAACAUGUCAAGUGCAUGUGUUUUGUUCAUCUUGGAUGAGAUGAGAAGGAAUUCAGCUCAGAAAGGACUUAAAACCACUGGCGAAGGACUCGAAUGGGGUGUUUUGUUUGGAUUUGGUCCUGGUCUCACUAUUGAAACCGUUGUUCUUCGCAGCGUGCCUAUUUAAUUUCAUCAUAUAUAUUAUGAUGCAUAUGAUAUUAUCUAUCAUAUUUUGCUUUAUUAUUAUUAAUGUGUUUUUGGUUCAUUAAUUUUGUUUGUUUAUGUUCCAAACCAAGUUGUAAUAUGGCUAAUUAAUGGCCUUGUAAUAAUCUCUUAGUUGUUGGCAUUGCUUAAUAUAUUAUCUAUCAUUUUAUGUU